GCUGACAGGAGCGAGCAGCUUGGCUUGAUUUUAUAAAACCUGCAUUGCAGACUACAAUCGAAAUAUUAGUAUUACCAGUAAAUAUUUAAGAGUAAAAAAUGGCAGCAUCGAACACACCGGAGAGAACGAACAAGUUUCUCUGGAAAUUGCGAAAAAAUUUGGAGUGUAUAGCAUUUAUUGGUGAAGGAUCAUACGGACAAGUGUAUGAAGUCAUGGAUAAAAAUGUCACCAAGGCAAUCAAAAAUGUCAACGAACCCCAGCUUUGUCACAAAUUUGCAGUUAAGCAAAUUUCCCUGGAUAAACUUAAGAGAAACUUACGACAACCAAUGAAAGACUGCAUGGAGCCGUUAAUGGAAGAAGUAUCAGCAUUAAUUAGAUUGACGCAUGAAAACGUGAAUCGCUACUUUGAUAGUUGGGUAGACUCACUACAUGACGAAUUCAAAAAUAGAGAAAGUUCUGAUGGAUCAACACUCUACACCAGUUCCACCAAUGAAUCCUCCACUCCUGGCCAACACAAAGUUGAAGAUACUACAUUCAAAUUUUUCUGUUUAAAACUUGAACUAUGUUCUACAAAUUUAAAAGAAAUUAUUGCAAAAAAGUGGCCAACACAAGAAUGUCGAUAUGAGAACCGAGAUAUGAUAGAAAAACAAAUUUUCAGUCAAAUACUUGAUGCUCUGUGUUUUAUUCAUGGCAAAAAUAUUACACAUCGGGAUUUGAAGCCAGAAAACAUCUUUGCAAAUUUUUCAUCAGAUAGAAAAGUGUGCAUAUUUAAACCGGAGACUUUGGCCUGGCGCUUAUCAUUGAUGAUAAGCAACAAGAUAAUAGUGAAGUAGUGGGGACGAGAAUUUAUCAAAGCCCAGAAAUGCAGCGUGGUAAUUAUGAUCAAAAAACGGACAUUUAUUCAACCGGAUUGAUAUUUUAUGAAACAAUGGUUGCCCUUGAAGAAAACAGAAAAGAAAUUUUUUGGGCGAUUAGUGAAGAAAAACAUAAUUUUGAAUUACUGCACAGUGUUGAGGGAUUUAAAACAGAAUUAAAGGAAUUGUUACAAAGUAUGAUGGAAUUUGAUCAAACGAAACGCCGAUCCGAAGAAGAGAUACAUCGAAUUUAUCAACUUAACCAUGAUGGGGAAGAGAUAUCGACCGUAGUUCCGCUAAAAUUCAUCGGUCGAGAAAAAGAACUUUCUGAACUGUGUGACCUUAUCAAGACUAAGAAAUGCUUACGGAAUGCCAGUUUACGGAAUGCCAGGAAUGGGGAAGUCGUCAAUAUGGCCGAAUAUGCUACAAAAGCUAGACUCGAUAAUGCAGAUUUUAACUUCAUGUGGCUAAAUUGCAAUAGUUCCGAUGCACUACUUGCCUCGUUGCAAAAGAAGAGUGCCAGCAUCCGAAAUAACAUGAAUACAAAUUUGGAAGAUUUAUUUAAAACCGCGAGUAAAAAGCAUCGCAAUACCAAUUUAAUUGUGAUACUAGAUGGUUUUCUGGAUAAGUUCGUUCCAGUGAAAACAGAGUCAUCCACUAACGUCACAGAGUUACCAGAACUUGAUCAGAAACUUAAAGCGGCAACAUUUUUUAUCGACGCCAACUCAAUUAAUGGGAUGCACAGGACUGAUCACGAUCUCGACGUUGAUCGAUAUGAGGAUGGGAUAAGUCAACUUCGGCUAAACACAAGUCGUACUUCCAGACAUGGUGAAGAAUCUACUGAAGAAUCCAUUAAUACAUCAAAUUGCAGAAAUGAAGAGAAAAAGGAAAUGCAUUCGUUUGUUUCAAAUAUUCACAAGCAAAGAGUAGGAGGAUUGCAACUACGCGUGACAACUUGCCAAUAGAUGCAUUCCCAUACGAACUAAAAAUUAUGGAUAUUGAGGAUGCGGAAACAAUGAUCAUGCACAAUUUUGGAAUAGAUCAAGUUGACAAAAAGGCAGUACACAAUUUAGCAAAGAAAUUGAAUUAUCCACUGUUCAUUAAAGACGCUGGAGCAAAUUUCAGAAAAUCGGACGAUAACUUCGAACAAUUUUCCGCAAAACCUUAGGAAGAAUUAAGUGAAAUGAAGCAAGUACUACAGAGAAUAAGCCAACUGCGCCUGCAAACACUUACUGUUUUAUGCGCAAUGGCUUACUUUUCGGAAAACAUUUCAAUAUCCCAAUCUUAUAAAGUUGUUAAAGAGCUCCUAAUCUACGAAGAUACUUCGAUUGAGGAUAAAGUGUUUCGUAAGGAGUUGGGUCAUUUGGAGGGCCACGGUUUAGUAACAAGGGAUAUGAAUCGUAAUAUUGUGCGGCUACAUUCUCUACAUGGAGAUCAAAUAUUGAAAAUUCUUCAAGACUACGACCUCUUUAAAAGUUUCUGGUGUAAGCUGUCCUACCCGCUAUACUCGAAAUGCUCGGAAGCUAAUGUAGUUACGGAGGUUGAUGAGUAUGUCAGUAUGGCGUCAUCAUUUUGGGAUCACACUGAAAAUCAGAUCGAUAAUUCUGUCAAUCAUUUAUACAUUCAAAUUUUUCUUGACGACAAGUCCAGCCUUGUCUAUUCAAAGUUACGUUAUCUAGGUUUAAAAGAAAUUUCUGAAAAAUCCGCUGGUCAAUCUAAACCCGAAAAUGAUGCGGAACUUUCCAAAAAAAACAUUCUCACAAUUGUCCUGCCGCUACAUUUACAGUGCCCUUUACAACUACAUGGAUUACAUUGAGGGGGUCCAGCAUUUAAUCAGGGUGAGAGAAAUUAUACCCCAAUUUGUAGUGAAAGCUGAGGACAACCAUUUCCAUUUUACCGGAAGAAUCUAUAUUUUAUUCAUUUUGGCAAUGUUCGGUUUCAUCGCCCUAUUUAUCACUGUGCCAUUCCUCUUCUGGAUAAAUGCCGACCCAUAUCUAUAUUAUAAUUUCGAAAAGUCCGUCCCGUGAAAUUUUCCGUGACAUUCCAGCAUUCUGAUUGGCUGUUGGGGUUCUAGGCCCACCAAUUAGCUUAGAUUAUGGUUAUGAUUAUGGUUAUGGUUAUGGUUAUGGUAAAACGUGAAAAAAAUUCCCUAGAAACGUUAAAAAAAUUCCUUGGCAACGUCAAGAAAAUUGCUUAGCAACGUUAA